GUCCGCAGGAAGCUGGAGGAGACCCACGGGGAGAUCGUCCACGUGCGGGGCGAGGUGGUGGAGGCGCUGCGCUCGUUCUACGCGUCGUCGUCGGCCAUCUCGGCGGCCGACGCGGUCAAGAUCGCGGCCAAAUGGGGCGCGUCGCACGCGUUCCCCAUGGCGGGGGACGACGCCGACGCCUCGGACCUGCAGGAGAAGAUGCGGCACCUGAAUGUGGCGCUGCUGGACGCCGUGGACCGCCUCCAGCUGGACGAGAGCGGCGAGAUGGCGCCCGAGGCGCAGCUGCUGCUGUCCUUCACGCAGCGCGAGCGGCUCAAGAAGCAGGUGCAGCAGUCCAAGGCCAUGCUCACGCUGAUCGAGCAGCUCACGGAGAUGGACCGGCUGCUGGGCGACGUGGACGAAGCCAUCGACCAGCAGCGCUUCGUCGCCGCGUCCGAGAACGUCGCGGAGGUCGAGAGGCUCGUGCGCGAGCUAACGGAGGCUGAACAGGGAGAAGGAGGCAACGUGGAGGACCGGAAGAUCAUCCGCGUGGUGAAGCUGCAGCUGCUGAGCAAGAAGAACCGACUGCUGAACCAGCUCGCGAGGUACUUCGCCUGCACUGCCGUGUGGAAAGACGGCGCGCUGAAGGUGACGGCAGGCUUCGUCGAGAACGAGUUUGAGACGACAAACGUGUCGAUGGAGGAACGACGCAGUGAUUUUUGGAGAGCGUGCGAUGUUUUGGAGAUACUCACGCCCAAGUUGAAAGAGAUCGCUAAGGCCGUCUCCCAGCACCUCAUCAAGCCCAUGCUGCAGAUGCCACUUAGCUCAGUGCAACUGACGCGCGACGACAGUGGGGUGGCACUGAGAAUUGUGGCUCAGGAUGUGAAUGUCGACGAUUCCUCGGCUGAGAGCGAGGUAGAGAGCAAGUGUGCAAAUGUCGUGAGCGUGCUUCAGUUCGUGCACGCGGAGUUGUUCGCGGGAAACGCCGAGUUGAUGAACCAGCUCGGGGAUUUCAUGUGGAAGAUCCCUGGUAACCUCGAGGCACAGCUCAUGAACCUGCUACAGGAUAAAAUCCCACAGGAUGCUGCCGCGCUGGAUGCAUACCGAGAUGUGCUCGUUACCACGGUUACGAGCUUGGAGAACACGUUAGUAGCGAUUGGUUUCUCGGCUAGCAGCAAUAGUCAGCUGCGAGGAUUCGUCGACCAACUCAACCAGUACGCCAUUUUGAGCCGUGGACGCGAUCUAAUGCGUCAAGGCUACCAUGAUUCUGUUAAAAUCACUGGUGCCACGGAGAAAUGCAGCCUUAAUCCAACUGGAGGCACUGGCAAAAAAGGAGGCAAAGGGGGUUCAGGAGCGAGCUCCUCUCUCGUCAGCUCUAACGCUGAUGAUGUCGAAAGUAGCUGCUUCCAGAUACCUGACUAUCGUGUGACUGUAUGUGCGCACGAAGUGGUGGAACUGGCGCACCAGACCCUGGUUGAGACAUGCACGGCUGACGCAAUGAGCGCGAAGUUGCUUUUCCAGACGUCUCGAGAUCUAUUCUUCCUGUUCCGGACGAUUGUGCCCACGUUAUACGAAGACGAUAUUGCGAAUGACUCGCGGGCCUGCAUGCUUUAUCACAACGAUUGUCUCUACAUCACGUAUCACAUGCUCGUUAUCGGGCAUCUCUACAAGCAUCGGUUACCAGCACCGCUCAGCCAAACUGCCACGAUGAUCGACAUGGUACCUUCGUUUCGAGAUGACGGCGAGCACGCACUGACUUCGUAUGUCACUGCCCAACUAGACGAGGUAGCAUCUGGGAUGAAGACCCUACCGUCGCUUGGAGCCCUCGAUUCGGAAUAUGAUAUGGAGCUUGUCGAGAGCUUCUUGAAGAGUACACUCUAUAAACUGAAUGGGAUGAGCUCCUCGUGGCAAGAAGGGUUGCCGACAGCCGUGUACAACAAAGUGAUGUCGCGGAUGCUUGAGCCUCUUGUAAAGAACGUUGUGAAUGGCAUCUUGAGUCAAACGAAAAUUUCCGAAAACACUGGAGCUCACCUGCAUCACUUGCUGUCAUUGCUUCUGGAGUCUGAAACACUAUUUGCAUCCCCCGCCCAAGCCGCGAAGCAUGUUCCAAGUAUCGGAAGGCUCUCGAAACUCACUGCAAUUCUGGUACAAAUGCAUCGCUGUUUCCUCUCCAACCCCUUGAACAUGCGUAUCUAA